UUCAUGCUACUAGACUAGUACAGUUCGAACGCGAGCAAAUCUAAAUCUUAUCUCUUAUCAUUUUAAAAUGACACAUAAACGAAUUACCUCACAAGUGUUGUGAUAGCGAAUAUCUAAUGAUCAACGUUCUGGUUAUAUUUUAUAUACAUUCUUUAUGUCCACUUCCAACAUGCGUUAUUUUAUAACCGCAACUUUAAAGUGAAAUAUAAUUUUUGUGUAUUGAAAGUGUUGUGAACGACUUGAACUAGUUAUAAUUAAUUUGUUAAAUAGAAACAAACAGAUGUGAUGACAAUGGUAGGGUUAACUUUAUUAAUUGUUCCGCUCUUAGUCGUAUCUGUGGUAUGCAACCCUUGCAGUGAGAGGGAAAGCAUAGAUAUAACGAACGGCGAGUUACUCCACAACAGCUCCAUAAUACAUAAUGGGAUAGAAUACAAAAUUGGAACUUGGUACCAACCUGAAGAGUCUAUCCGGUUAGGAUGCCCCUGUAUCGGCCGUAUAUGCAUAUGGAAAUGUUGUGGUCCCAGUGAAAUGUAUCAGAACAAAGAGUGCGCGAAAUCUGACUUGGAAGUAGUCAAUCCUUUCAAUCCUACAGUUUACAAAGGCAGGGACCCUGUACAAGUUGAUGCACACCUGCAUUUCUUCUAUAUGUAUAACACUCUCUGUGACGACAAGUACCUCGUGGACACCAAUAUCAAUUACCAAGAAUUGUUCCUUCAAGAGAACGGCACUCUUGUUGAGGUAGUACAAGGUCGGCCGCAGUGGCUGUAUAGUAAAGAGUAUUGCGUGGAUAUGAUGAUGGACAAUUCUACAGACAACCUGAGAUUGAUGGCUGCAGUCUGCUACCCGGAUGAAACAACUAUAGACGACAGCAGUGCACUCUACAUUGCCUACGCCGUAGGUCUUAUGCUAUCCGUACCAUUCCUGCUCGUAACUUUUAUAGUGUAUGCCUUCAUACCUGAACUGCGGAACCUGCACGGCUUGUGCCUGAUGGCAUACUGUGCAGGUUUGAUUGUGGCCUACAUAUUCCUGGCGUACCUGAAGGUUCAGUCUGGUCAAAUGAAUAUAGCCAUGACGGGCUGUGUAGUCAGUGCUUUCAUCGUGUACUACGCAUUCCAGUCGAGCUUUUUCUGGCUCAACGUCAUGUGCUUCGAUAUCUGGAGGACGUUCAGCGGCUACCGCGGCAGCAGUACGUCUAAACGUCGGGAAACGAGACGUUUCACCAUGUACAGUUUUUACGCAUGGGGUAUCCCUUUGUUGUUGACGGCGGUUACUGCCAGCAUGCAGUACGCGAACUUGCCACCAGGUGUCAUCAAGCCAGGGUUUGGAGACAAGAGAUGUUGGUUUGACAAUUGGCUGAGUGAGCUACUGUACUUCUUCGCGCCAGUUCUUGUGCUGGUUGUAUGUAAUACAGUAUUCUUCUCAGUGACUGCACAUCGUAUACGCUCCAUCAAACAGGAGACCUCCAUUUUAAAAGGAUCAAAGUCAACGUCAAAAGAUAAGAUGAAGAAUGACAAACAAAGAUAUUCCUUAUACCUGAAGUUAUUCAUGGUGAUGGGCAUAAACUGGUCUGUAGAACUGAUCAGCUUCAUGGUCGGUGGCUCGAAUUGGUACUGGGUCGUUAUCGACAUCUCCAACAUAAUGCUUGGCUUCUUCAUCUUUAUGAUAUUCGUUUGGAAGAAGAAAGUGCGGAAUUUAAUUGUCAGAAGGUACCGUAGCAUCCGUGGUCUGCCUUACAUUCCUACUGACUCCAGAAAGAGUGCCAACAUGACCAGCACAGCCGUCACAGAAGAAAGCAGGCUGUCCUCAGAAGACCCCGGUAUAAGAUUAAAGGAUUUACACUGAACAAGAUUACGGACCAUAACAUAUUCGGACCAAAGAAUCCUCAUCAAUAAGAAAGCACAGCAUAAGUGUUGUCAAAUAUUUGCUAGUCAGUUUCGCAACAAAUGCUUUUAGUUCGUAUAUACAUAUAUAAGUUAUCUUAAGAUUUUACAAACUGUUAAGAUAUUUUUUAAAACUUUGCGUGUCAUGAAUUUAUCAUUUAAGUAGUAAAUAAUUUUGACUGUUUAGUGA